UUCCCGAUUGGAGCCAAGGUUGACUGAUGAGCUAAGGCAUGGGCUGUGGGUUUUAUUUUUUGUUUGUGCGUUUUGCAAGUGUUUAGAAUAUUCGUCUCGGUUAGUCUGAGUAGAGAGCGGCGCCCUCAGUUAGCUAGGUUCUACUUACAGACUGCCUUUUAGUAUCGGUAUUGCUAGGAGAGUAUGGACCGUCCGUUGACGCAUCUCUCUCUCAUCUUCUAAUUGUUGAUCGAUUGCGGUCCAGUGCUUGUAGCAGGUUAUGAUUGAUAUACAGCAUGAUUUCGCAUCAGAAAUCCUGCGACCUUGUGCGUUGAUGAUUGGUAGUCGGUGGGCUUCUGUGUCAUAAAAUUACUACUGACUGAUUUUAUAGAGGCGCCAUUCUUGUGUGGAGGGUUGUGGUCUGGUGACGCUUCCGUCUCGCAUGGAGAAGAUAUGACGGACGCAGUAGCAAGCGUCUUCUGCGUGGUUACAAUGGUUACUGGAACUUGGUUCUCAGUUAACGGGUCGUUGCGAAGCAUUGUUCGAAGACUCUGAGUGUAAUCGAAUUUAGCGUCGCUGUUGAAUCGUGUGUAUCGUGGUUGGAUCCUUACGCCAGUGAGCGACAUUGUAUGCACGUCAUUCUGACGACUAAACCGGUACUGAAUCUUCUACAUAACCGUUCGAGACUGCUCUCGCCAUGGCCGCAACCCUUCAUGCGCCUUUGUCUCUCGACAUUCUUCCUGAUGAGGGUCGGUCCAUGUUGAGACGGCAGGGGUCAUUGACUCCAGGUAGUAACUCCCCGAAGGUGGACUGGAAAUCUAGCGCUGGAUUGGGUGCUGGAAACAAGGGAGGAGGGCAAGGCGUCACUACUAUUCGGCGGUCCCUUUCGGUCGGGUCUGCACUUUCAGAUUUCCUCGGAAGCAGCUCGUCGAGGAAGUCUUUGGAAAUAAACUCGUCCAUGAAGAGGUCUGGUAGCAAAGGUUGUCUGGAAAGCCUGGAAGCUAGUAGUAAUUUUAAGGCAAUCUCUGACGGGGAUGAUAGGUGGGAGAGGUUCGAGGAGGAGUGCAAUUGGAAUUUUGCAACCCUUGAGAACACCAACCGGUCAGGAGGUACGAUGCACAAUGAUACCUUUCCUUCGGUUCAGCUACCUUCUCAGGAAUGGCACGGUUUGGGGAAAAACAAGGCAGCGCCAUCUUUUCCACGACCUGGUAACAGUUCUCGGACGGAACUCCAACGAACUUUCUCCAUGGGUCAUACUGUGCCGUCGAAGACACCAAAAUCACCGCAAAAGUCCGUAGUGGUUGAGCAAGCGCAGCAAUCGUUCGAUUCUUUGAAGGACAGGCUGGAUUCUUCUUUGCGGAUGCAACCUGAGUGUUCGUAUGGCUCUGCGAAGUCCCCUCCUGUGGUCAAGCUCUUACCAGCGCCUCCCACUAUGGAUGUCUCGCCUCGUAAAGAUGUGAGAUUUUCUGGCAUAGUCCAAGUUGUGUCAGGUUUAAAUUUGUCUGCGCUGCCUCGGAGCCUUAAGCGACGAAAGAACAAGGAGAAGAAUAUGUCGAGGCCUCGUUUGUGUGCCAUGAGCAAUGGCUUCUCAGCAAUGGCGUUUAUUAUCAAGAGCAUGCACAGGCAUGUCCUGGAAAUGCAGGAAGACCACCUACUGAACCUCGUCACUCCAAUGCAUCGAGACAUGGAUUUGUCUUUUUCUUUGCUCUUCCAGCAAGUGUUUGCAAGGACGCCGGAGUACAUGCUCGCUGUUAUGGUCUUACUUGCAGAGUUCUCCGUGCUUUCCCUGGGAAAGCACAUGGCCUUCGCGGCCGCUGUGAACAUGGCCAAUCCGGAGGUAUCCCUUCCGGAUGGCAUUUCUGCUUCUUCCAAGAAACGGGUUGAGUCUGGUGUGGCCGAGGAUUUGAGUAGACGCCAAGAAGCUGCACUUUCUCCUAAGCCUGGAAACUCGCACAUUUUCAAAGUGCCCACAGAAUGUUUUAACGGAAGCUUCCCAAAACUUUCUGCUGCAGAGGAGUCAAUCAUGCUAUCAAUGAUGUCUGAGACUGUGAAGCAGCUCGAGGCUGACUCAGGAUGGCAGCCGGUUACUCAUGUUGAUCGUGAAGUUACUAAGAUGCUCGUUGCACCGGUGCAAGCCACUCUGAGUCCUGACAAUUACCCCUGCUUCGACCGAACAGAUCUUGAGUAUCAGCACGCCAUCAGCUUGCAGCCCAACAAUGUCAUGCUCCUCUCCAACUACGCGCAGUUUCUCUACGUUGUUCGUCACGACAACAACAUGGCUGAAGAGUACUUCCAUCGUGCCAUACGUGCGGAUCCGUCGGAUGGGGAGGUUCUGGGCCGGUUCGCUAAUUUCCUAUGGCUCGCCCGCGGAGACAAGGAAACAGCAGAAAGAGCUUUCAGGGCUGCUGCUGCUUUGGAUCCUGCCAACCCCUACCAUGCUGGCAACUACUCCCACUUUCUUUGGCACUCAGAAUCGAACUCCCAAAGUGUCACUCCACAUGUUACGUUGUGAAUUCAUGAUUCGUCGAAACAAAGCCGUCUCACUUGAUUGAUGUGAAUCCUUAGUAUAUUUGGUAACUUCAACGUCGUAUCACAAAUCACACGACUUUUCGAUGGAGUUAUCUAUUUUUCCCGCCAAUAUUUCGACAUACCUUCUGAAUCUUCUCAAGGAGUUUCGGAAACCUAUGUGAGUUAGUAAACAGUUAUCCUGCAGAGAAACCCCUAACUUAACUAGUCUCAUGUGGACUUCACAAUUUUGAUCCCAGUGUAUAAAAUCGAUGUGGUGCUCGUAAGGUAGGUCACGUUGAGAAUGACAAAGUAGUUUAUGGACGCUUGCAGCAAAAAUCUAGCCUGAUAGCCAGCAAAGGUCCAAUACCUCCGACUGAGUUUGAUAUGUGUAAAUUGUCCAUAAGCAUAAUUAAAAUUCUGUUUCUGCCGCGCUUGAAGACUUGUAA